AGCAGUUUGUUUUGCCUCUUCCAAGAAGACAUCAUACAGAAAUACUUCUACUUCCGCAGGGAAUCCAGCAGUUGAUUCCAAACACUUAAAUCUUAACCAGGAGUGCUUCUGUUGUGUGGAGAUUGUGUAGGACACAGGAUGAAGACCUCAACAGUAUUUGCCUCGGCCAUGGUGUUGGGACUACUCUUCUGUCCGCUGAGGAGCGCAGCGGUAGGUGGCUACCAGGGUGCCUCUCCGCACCCAUACAAAUACAACUCCAGCCCCAACGAGUCGGAACGCUUACCGCAGCAGCCACCACAGAACGGAUUUGUCUCCCGCCAAAUGGGGCCAGUAACGGCCGCUGACGAGGUUCUAGAAUCCAGCCAAGAAGCCCUACACGUCACGGAGCGCCGGUACCUCAAACUGGACUGGUGCAAGACUCAGCCUCUGAAACAGGCGAUCCACGAGGAAGGAUGCCUCAGCCGCACUAUAAUCAAUCGUUUCUGUUACGGGCAAUGUAACUCAUUUUACAUCCCCCGACACAUCUACCAAGAUGAUGGGGCUUUCCAAUCGUGUUCCACAUGUAAACCAAAAACAUUCACUACCGUCACCUAUACCCUCAACUGUCCAGGCCAGUCACCCAGCACCCAGAAGAAACGCGUCCAGCGCGUAAAGACUUGUCACUGCGCUUCCAUAGACCUGGAUUAGUUAAAGCCAGAAGGAAUGGACCCAUUUCGUAUAGUCUGUGUUGAUUAGCUUUCUACUGGAAUAACUCAAAUGAAUAGAGCGAGCGACCGAACAAAGCGUUAAAUCAAACGUGCUGUCAUUGCAAAAACCGAAUAUGCACGAGGGAGAAAAUAUCCAAUCUUAAUCCUAAAAGAGGAGAUCAAAAGAACGAAAACAAGGAACCAUGCAAAAAAACACUAAACGGGCAGCAAUGCCAACUCCAACAGACCCCCACCCCAGUGUAAUGUAUGGGACUAUAACGGCUGAUUUGGCAUUAUUGACUGGUUUAGCACAUUGUAAAAGGCUUAUAGCUUCGUGCUUAAUACUUUUUGAAUAUUUCUGGCUUGCGCAUAAUACAAAUAACAGUAUGUCUGUGGAGACCAGAAUGUUUGCGCAUAAUACAAAUAACAGUAUGUCUGUGGAGACCAGAAUGUUUGCGCAUAAUACAAAUAACAGUAUGUCUGUGGAGACCAGAAUGUUUGCGCAUAAUACAAAUAACAGUAUGUCUGUGGAGACCAGAAUGUUUGCGCAUAAUACAAAUAACAGUAUGUCUGUGGAGACCAGAAUGCUUGCGCAUAAUACAAAUAACAGUAUGUCUGUGGAGACCAGAAUGUUUGCGCAUAAUACAAAUAACAGUAUGUCUGUGGAGACCAGAAUGUUUGCGCAUAAUACAAAUAACAGUAUGUCUGUGGAGACCAGAAUGUUUGCGCAUAAUACAAAUAACAGUAUGUCUGUGGAGACCAGAAUGCUUGCGCAUAAUACAAAUAACAGUAUGUCUGUGGAGACCAGAAUGUUUGCGCAUGUAUGGCAUUUAAAUAUGGAGAAAACGCCACACAAUGUGUUCACUUUGACAUGGACUUGUUAACUGUUAUGAGCCAAAGUGGAGAGAAUAAGCAUUGUUUCCUUUUUUCUUUAAAAAAAAUACAUCUUUAUUGAAAUUUUUCACAUUUUACAAUUAUAAAUAGUUCACAAAUACAAUUUUUAAAGUUUCACAUCAAUACAUUUGAGGUCAUAAUCACAUGAUUUACAGAUGUAAUAGUGUUCAACUGAUUUCUUAUUCUUUUUAGUUCUGUUGUUGAUUUGUAAAAAAAAAAAAAAAUGUUUGAACAAAAAGUUGUUUUGAGGUCAAAAUGCAUCAUUUCUUCCAAAUGUCACUAAGUAUCAUUCUCAGUGGACACACUCACUUCAGGAACUCUUGAGGAGUUUGUUGUCAAUGAAUGUUGGCAAAUCAUUUAAAACCUGCAUUGUUAGACGUCACUUGACGUUCAUGCUAUUGUAUUAUUUAUGUACAGUAUAUAAAGUGGUUGGUGAAUAAACUGGUAUUUGUA